AUGAUCUCUUGGCUUGAUAUCUACCAUGUUGUUUCAGCAACAGUUCCUCUCUAUGUUUCAAUGUUCUUAGGCUACCUCUCUGCAAAAAAUCUAAAGCUUUUCUCACUCGAACAAUGCGCAGGCAUCAACAAAUUUGUCGCUAAAUUUUCAAUCCCUUUGCUUUCUUUCCAAGUAAUCUCCCAAAACAACCCUUUUACAAUGAGCCCUAGACUCAUUCUCUCAGACAUUCUCCAGAAAAUCUUAGCCGUUGUUGUAUUCGCCGCGGUUUUAAGAUCCUGGCAUCCAACAGGAGGAAGAGGAGGAAAAUUGGGUUGGAUCAUAACCGGACUAUCUGUAUCCGUGUUACCAAACACUCUCAUUAUUGGAAUCCCAAUCUUAAGUGCCAUCGAUGGAGAUGCAGCUGUGAACUUCUUGGUGCAGAUUGUUAUGUUGCAGAGCUUGAUUUGGUACAACAUCUUACUUUUCUUAUUCGAGAUUAAUGCCGCGAGGACUAUAAUAUCUUCUGGAGCUUCCAUAGAACACAGAGGCAAUGAAGAAGCUGAUAUAGAACAAGAGCCAAAAGAAGAAGAAGAAGAAGCAAUAGUGAGAACAAGAUCUUCUGGAACUGGGAAGAUUCUAUUGAAGGCUUGGAGAAAGUUUAUAACCAAUCCUAAUACAUACGCAACAUUGGUCGGAUUAAUCUGGUCUGCUUUACAUUUUAGAUUGGGAUGGAAAUUGCCUGGGAUGAUCGAUAAAUCAAUACAUUUGAUAUCUGAUGGAGGCUUAGGAAUGGCCAUGUUCAGCUUAGGUCUUUUCAUGGCAUCACAAAGUAGUAUCAUAGCAUGUGGAACAAAAAUGGCGAUUAUAACAAUGCUCCUUAAGUUUCUAUUAGGUCCUGGUCUUAUGAUUGCUUCUGCGUUUUGCAUCAGACUACGAAGUACUCUCUUCAGAGUCGCAAUAUUACAGGCUGCAUUGCCUCAAGGGAUCGUGCCAUUUGUUUUUGCAAAAGAGUAUAAUGUUUAUCCGGAGAUCGUUAGUACGGGGGUGAUAAUUGGAAUGCUAAUAACCUUACCAAUAACUUUGGCAUAUUAUUUUGUGUUGGACCUAUGA